UCUAAAAAAAAUCUUUUAUCAACAAAUACUCUGUUUUCCAUUAAUUGUUUUUUUUUGUUAAAUUUUCUGCGUCUCAGUGCCAUCGUAUCAUGUGGAGACCGUAGAUAGGGAUUUUUAUUUUUAUUUUUGACAUUUUACACGAAGUUUACUAUGACGGAGGUCCAGCGGAACGAUAAAAUUGAGAUGAUUACGUUACACAAGUUUCUCAUUAUAUUCUUCAGUUUGUUAUUACUUUACGACUAUUAUUACACGACUGUGCCUGUUGUAGCGAGAAUUGCGAACCCUAAAUUCACUCUACUCGGACCCUAUAAUGGUACGGAGCCAUCAACUGAUGAUGUUUACGAUCAGCUGAUAGACAUAAAGAAUUUUAGCUUCAAAGUGAACCCACAACCGUGUCUGGAGUACACUGCAGGAAUAUUACUAGUUGUUAUCAUAUCCUCGAAUCCCACAAAUUACGAGAACAGGGUGAUUAUAAGGAACACAUGGGGCCGGUCCAUUGAGUCAACAAAAGUUGUAUUUUUAAUGGGUGAGCCAGAAAAUAUUACUGUAUCACAGAAGAUUCAGGAUGAAAGUAUGCUGUAUGGGGAUAUCGUACAAGGUAGCUUUGUAGACGCAUACCGUAAUAUGACUUAUAAACACGCUAUGGGUCUGAAGUGGGUUACCCACCAUUGUCCGAUGGCAAAGUAUGUGUUGAAAACUGACGAUGAUAUGGUGGUGAAUUCGCACGAACUGAGGCAUUUUCUUGCAAGGGAACUGUCUCCGUGGGGCGCGAGGAACUUGAUAACGUGUCAGGUGUUGGAGCAUGCGCAGGCGCAGAGGUCUGAUAAGUCCAAGUGGAAGGUUACUGCGGCUGAAUAUGCAUCACGUUACUAUCCUACGUAUUGUGCGGGUUGGGCCAUCCUCUACUCUCAAGAUGUAGUGCCUCGCCUCCUGAAGGCUGUUCAAUCGAUGCCAUACUUCUGGAUUGAUGAUGUCCACAUAACUGGCAUCUGUGCACAGCAGAUUGGAGUCACGAGAACACCAUUGGGAAAUCUGAUCCUUACUAGACAUAGAGCUAACAUGCUCACCUCUCUCGGUCCAAAAUAUAUUGGAUCAUUUAUAUUUGGACCUCCCGAUCUCAAAUCUGAUAGAAUCUCGCAAAUUUGGAAGGCAAUACCUGAAUAAGGUACUAUGUAAUUUAAUAUAAACAUUGAUGUACAUCUAAGUAGAAUAUCUACAUAAUUCAAAAUUGGUAAAAUGUGCUUUAGUGAGAAUCUAGUUAAAAAAGCAAAUUUCACAGUGUAGUUAAAAAAAAAAAACAAAUAACAAUUUGAUUAGAAAUAGUUACACAGUUUGGAUGCUGAAUGGUUAGCACUAGAUUCAGAGCAGCAAUGUAAUAAAUUGCCUGAAGAUGCUUCGUUUAAAGGUGGAACAUGUUGCAAAAUGUGCGUGAACAAAAUAGUAGUAGGGGAUUGGUGACUAAUAUGGACGGUUGUGGAACUGUUGGUAGUAAUAGUGGUGAUCAAUCUUUGAGUGUUGGCAGUUGCACACACAUACUAAUGGUAGCGGAAUUAAACAAAAUAAUUUCAAUUAAAUAACCAGUGAUAUGGACUACCACAGGAUAAGAGCAAGAUCAGUAAAAUAUCCAAAAACACCUGUGUUGCUUAGGCAAUAUAAAGUUUAAAUUCGACAAUGCACACAUGACACCCUUAGUGUUGCAGCUGUCCAUAGCCUAACCAGUGAUUGUUUACAAUCAAACGGCCUGUAUACUAGUUAGCCACCUUUUUUUUUUUUUUUACAACACAGGGGGCAAACGAGCAUGCGGCUCACCUGAUGGUAAGUGACUACCGCCGCCCAUGAUCACCCACAACACCAACGGCAUUGCAGGUAUGCUGCCGGCCUUUUAAAAAGGAAUAUGGUAUAAUGGUAUAUGGUAUGGUAUGGUAUAUGGUAUAAAAAAAAAAAAAUUGUUCUUUUUUAAUUAUUUCUCUAAAUCCAUCAUCUUAUUUCACUAAAAAAACAUUCUGCCAAUAUUGAGUUAGGAUUGAUAUAUUAUUAAAAAGGGUUAAUUGAUAAUUAUUACAUUUGUUUCCAAAUUACUAAUAUCUUUAUGUUGUGUCGAUAAAUUAUAUAAUUGCAAUUGUUUACGUUAUCUAGAUUUUGUCAGUAGCGUUGACCACUGCAAAUUUAUUUACCUUUUUAUUUAUUUUAUCCAUUAGUACAAAUAUGUGUACAUGGCGGACUUAAUGCUAAAAGCAUUCUCUCCCAGUCAACCAUAGGGAAGUGCCAGAACACUCGAAUGCGGUACUACUAAUUAUUGAUAUACAUACAUACUAAAAUUACAUAUAUAAACGAAUAAAUAUAUAUAAAUAACAAAUAUACACAUAUAUGAUAUAUACUAUAUUACACACGAAAUUGAGAAUAAUAUAAAGCACUUACUGCUCGGAUAAAGUAAAAAAGUGAGUGUGAACGCUUUUUUUUUAAAGAUGGUUUAGUCGGUAGUCUCUUAAUAGCAUCAGGAAGCGCGUUCCAGAGUCGUGAAGAAUGUAGAAGAAAAGAGUUUGAAGCGUAACCAGUACGGUGAGAGGGGAAAGAUAAUUGGAGAGUAUGCAAAUUCACUUGAAACACAUAUUUUCAUAUCGUCAGCGUAGUUAGAGAAGGAAAUAACUUAAUUUUUUUAUACUUUUGAGGUAAUCUACUAUUUUAAUUUUAAUUAUUUAUUGUAAUCAAAAACUGGAAAAUUAUUUCUAUUAUCAUCAUUAUAUCAGUCCACUGACUGUCCACUGCUGGACUGUCUCCCCUAUAACAAGGGUUAUGGCAGUAGUUUUUUUUUUAUGGGUGAAAAUGGUAUGGUAACCUCGCCUGCGCUAACGGGAUACGCUGGCGGUGCACCAGUGAAGGGUGAUAGAUGAGAAUGAAAACAGGCCAGUUAGCCCAUCAUGAUGAAUUCAUCAGGAAUUAACCAUGAUAGUUUCCAUGGAGAACCGCGAGGUCGACCUGGUUGGGUAUAUUGCUAGCAAUGGUAUUCUCAGUCUCCAUUACUAACAAUCCCUUACCCCUCUAUGCCAGUAGCUGCUACGCUUGGCAGGCAGGUUGGCAAUAGCAGUUAGAGUUUGGUGAUGAAUGCAGCUACUCAACCCUUAACCAUUAAAUUCCCAUAGUCGCCUCUUACAACACUCACGGUAAAGGGUGGCCGGCAUAGAAUAAAUACAGGGUGAUAUGUCGAUGUCUGGCGAGUAUUCUAUCAGAGAAAUUGAAGAUUUUAUGCAAAGAAACAUUAGUCGAAGAACGAUAAUAAAUUUUUAGCCCAUUCCAUGGUAAUGUAAAAUUAUUGAAAAAAAAAUUGCAAUAAAGAAUUAAUUAAUAAAUUGCGAUUAUUUUAAAGCCACAAUUAUAAAAUCUAUUUAGUAGACAUAGGUAAUGUGGAUACCGAUCUGAUAUCUGUAUAUUGGGUUUACCACAUUAAUGGCGGGAAAAAGGUCAUCACCCAUAUCGAUAUCGCCCAUAUCGGUCGAAUAUACAUUUUCAAAUAUGUUAAAAGUCCAAGACAUAAUAUUCGAUGACAGAUAUAUAGAUAUUGUAACUCAAAUAUAUAGCUGUUGCUAUAUAUUAGGCAGUCCUACAAUUUAGUUGUGAUUUAUGCCAUGAUAUUUACUUUUCUCAAACAUGCUUGGAAAUGUGAGCAUUAUUUUGACAAACUUCUUCGAGAUAAAUCAAAAUUGCCGUACUGGCCAGAUACAUGCGGGCAGCGGCCGGCAAAAGUCGUAUGAAAAUCCAUAUCUGUCGUGUUUUGCGGUUAGAUAAAGUACUAUGUAAACUCAUAUCUGUCCUGUAAUUUAAAAAUUGAAUGACCUUUUACUUCGCAAGGAGGUAACUAAUAAAAGGUUUUAUUAAAAUUUUGAACUGGCUUGCAAAUAGAAAGCUGUUUAUUGAAAAAAAAAAAACAAAGAAACAUAAUGGCGCGUGAAAAAUUAUUAUUGUUCGUUAUUUGUCAUUCAACUUAAAAAGUAAUAUUGUGUUUUUGAUUUCCGCGCAUUGUUUGAGAAAAGUACUAUACAAGCCUUGGCCACAACUAGGCAUUGAUGGACUCACGUAUGUGAGCCUCGGCUGCGUCCCGGCCCACAUUUGCAUGUUCGUCCAUCAAUGCCUCAGUUGCUGGCUGCUGCAGUAUUGUACUAAUAUAGUACAAGGAUAAUUGUUACUAAAUAUAUACGAGUAUGUAGACAAAUACCAAAUAUUAUGUUUUUAAUUUAAGCUAAGUACUUUGUGUGAUUAUAAAUCAAAAAGCUAUGUCGGUGUGUGUCCAAAUCUUAUACUGAGUCAACAAGUGUUUUGCUCCCUACUGCCAUCUAUCGGGCCCAUAUUUUCUUAUCGCAAUAUCGACAAUGUUAUAUAUCAAGUUGGAGCAAAAAAUGCACAUUUAGAAAAUUUUAUUCAAUUUUUUUUUAUGCAACUUAGAAUGGCAAACAAGCUGACGGCCCACCUGAUGGAAAGUGGUAACCGUCGCCUAUAGACAUGAGCAGUACCAUGGACAUAACAGAGUAUACUGUUUCGCCCAUGAUACCCCCCAUGCGUUGCCAUUCCUGAGGACUCUGGUUAAUGCAAAGGUUUCGCAGAUUAGCUUGAAGGGACAUGAUAGUAUAGGAUUUUUAAAUAUAAAGAUAAAACAUCCAAUUUCGUGG